AACUAAACCUCCUGUGACCAGAAGGCAACUACAAGCAGCUCACCAUGUUCUUGAUUCUGUACAAAAGUGGUUGGCUGGUCCUUCACACUCCACAAACACACGCCGCGGUCACUCUGAUACCUUCACACACUUUGCACAUUCACCCCGGGCCUCUUUCAAGAUGGUAGUGGCUCCCUGAUACCCUCGCAGCUAGUGUUUAUCUGAGAAAUGUUAGCCCACACUUAACAGGUGUAGAGCUCCCUAAUAUCUGUUAAUACUCCCACUCUGAUACUUUCCAGACGGACACGUAUGCCUGGUCCUAUAAAAGUAUCCAGAAAUGUUCCUACUAAACCCGUCUUCCACAUUUCCUAUAUGCUAAUUUACUAAUAUGCCUCAAGGGAUAUUUCACCGUACUUUUGAUGGCUUUACGAAAGGGCUGAACCUCUGUUUUCAGAUGAGAUCCCCACAGCAUUACUCGUAGCAUCCAAAUACGUUGUUCAAUACCUUCCACAUGGUUAUGCCACAUUUAACUGCACAAGCAAACGCAGAGCGCAGCUAGAAUACCCUUGUACUGCCGCACGCCUGGGUUGCGCCGCGGGUCUGUGGGUAAUAAUUGAUAGAUUUCCUAACAGCGGAAAAGCAGCCCGCUGGGGUUUGUGACAGCUCGCGCUCGGAAAAGCGGGAGAGCAAGACGGUACGGCAUGCAGCGGUUCUGCGGCAGCACAUGAACGAAUGACUGUGUCAUUCGACCGCACAGCCUUGAUUGAGCACCUUAAGAAACACCGAGAGCAUGAUGCGCCCCUCCGGGUUUCUGUUCAUCACCGUAUUUGCUUCACUCAUCCUGCCGGGAGCCACAGGUCCCGGGGCUGGGCAACGCACCUGGGAGAGGUUUAACAAACUGCCCUACCCGGGCGACAAGGCGUUCCUCUACGACACCUUCCCCGGCGGCUUCAUGUGGUCCGUGGGAACAGCGGCUUACCAGGUGGAGGGUGCCUUCGACAGAGACGGCAAGGGACCAUCCAUCUGGGACACCUUCACCCGCGGCGGGAGUCGCGUAGCCAUGGGAGACGUGGGCAGCGACAGCUACCACAACAUGCACGGCGACAUCCGAGCCCUACGCCAGCUGGGCGUCACUCAUUACCGCUUCUCCGUGUCCUGGCCGAGGAUCUUCCCCAACGGCAGCCGCAGCAGCUACAACGAGAUGGGAGCGGGCUACUACAGGAACCUGAUACAGAAGCUGAAGGAGAUUAGGGUUGAGCCGGUGAUCACCCUGUACCACUGGGAUCUGCCUGAUCACCUGCAGCACCAUCUCGGUGGAUGGGCCAACCCCGUCCUGGUGGACCUCUUCCGUGACUAUGCCGACUUCUGCUUCCAAACGUUCGGCAGUAGUGUCAAGUACUGGAUCACCAUAGACAACCCAUUCAUGGUGGCCUGGCAUGGAUACGGCACUGGGAUGGUGGCACCGGGCAUCAGAAAUGACUCAGAUUUGCCUUUCAAAGUUGGACACAAUCUCCUCAAGGCCCACGCUGCCGCCUGGCACCUGUAUGAUGAAAAGUACCGGCGGGCGCAGGGCGGGAAGGUAUCCAUGGCCCUGGCCUCCCACUGGAUCAUGCCCAGUAAGACGCGGAGGGAGAACCUGCACGCGUGUCAGUGCUCACUGAACUUCGUGCUGGGCUGGUUCGCGCGGCCGCUCUUCGUGGAUGGGGGGUACCCAUCCUGCAUGCGCAGCCUGCUCGGCCCCCGCCUGCCCGCCUUCAGCCCCCGCGAGGCCGCCUUCGUCAACGGCACGGCUGACUUCUUCGCCCUCUCGCACGGGCCGUCGGUCAGCUUCCAGCUGAGCAACGACAGUUUGAAGUUCGGCCAACGGGAGGAGCUGGACCUGCGCAUGCUGCUGUACUGGGUCCGGGCCGAAUACAACAACCCUCCCAUCUUCAUCGUGGAGAGCGGCUGGUUCGUCAGCGGCGACACCGGCACCGAGGACCCCAAACACAUGUACUACAUGAAGAGGUUCGUCAUGGAGACGCUGAAAUCAAUUAAGUACGACAACGUGCAGGUGAUCGGCUACACGGCCUGGUCCCUGUUGGACGGGUUCGAGUGGCACAGGGAGUACGGGAUCCGCCGGGGUCUAUUCUACGUGGACUUCACCUCUCCAGACAUGAAGCGCGAGCCCAAAACGUCGGCCAUCUUCUACGAGAAGCUGAUCGAGAAGAACGGCUUCCCCUUGCUGCCGGAGAACGAGCAGGCCAGCGGGGUCUUCCCAUGCGGCUUCGCCUGGGGUGUGGCGUCCGACUCCAUCGAGGUGGAGAUCACGCCGUCCCAGUUUGCUGACCCCAGCGUGUACAUCUGGAACAUGUCCGGAAACGGGGAGCUGACGCGCCUGGAAGAGCCCGGCAUAGCUCACCCCCGGCAGGUCAGGCACUGCGCCGAUUACGCCUCCAUCCGCCACCAGGUGGCGCAGGUGCUCCAAGUGCACGUAUCCCACUUCCAUUUCUCCCUCAACUGGUCCUCCCUCGUCCCCACGGGAAACGUGUCAGAGGCCAACGUCACCCUUCUGGCCUACUACGCCUGUUUCACGAGUGAGCUCCAGAAAGCCGGCGUGACCCCCGUGGUGAGCCUCUGGCACUAUAUGGGCAAGCAUUCCAGGCUUCCCGCCCCACUGGAGAUCAAACGGGGCUGGCAGAGCAACGACACAGUGCAGGCCUUCGCUAACUAUGCUAGGCUGUGUUACCGACAUCUGGGCGCCCAUGUCAAGCUCUGGAUCACCCUCAAUGAGCCCAACGGCAAGGACCUGAGCUACGAGGUAGGCCACAACCUCCUGCGAGCUCACGGCCUGGCGUGGAACGUGUACAACAGGGAGUUCCGCAAGGCCCAGGGUGGCAAGGUCUCGCUGACACUGCACAUGGACUGGGUGGAACCCGCCUACUCCUUCACUCGCAAGGACGUCAUUCCCGCCAGCCGCGUCCUGGACUUCCGCGUGGGCUGGUUCGCCGAGCCCAUCUUUGGCAGCGGCGAUUACCCCGUCGGCAUGAGGCAGUGGCUGCGACAGCGCAACAGCCUGGACCUGUUCAGCUACCACCUGCCCGCCUUCAGCCGGGAGGACGAGCGGCUUAUUAGGGGCAGCUACGACUUCUUCGCCCUCAGUCACUUCAUGACCUCCAUGGUCUCUGGCGCCGUGGAGGACAAGUACCUGUACGAGGCCACGCUGGAGGUGCACUACAUGUUCGACAUCACCUGGCUGAUGUCGAGCCGCCGCUCGCCCGUGGUCCCAUGGGGCCUUCGCAAGGCGCUGAGCUGGGUGUCCGCUCGCUACCCCAGUGUGCCCAUCUACAUCAUGGCCAACGGCGUGGAUGAAGACCCGGCCCGCUUCCAGGACAACCUGCGUGUCUACUACUUCCACAACUACAUCAACGAGGCCCUCAAGGCGUACCUCUUGGAUGGGGUCAACCUGCAAGGCUACUUCGCCUACGCCCUGAGCGACCAGUGGGACCCAGGCUUCGGCAUGUACGGCUACCUGCAGGAUGAGUCCGUGGUGAAACCAUCGCUGACUCUCUACCGCAGCAUCAUCCAGCGCAACGGCUUCCCGGCGCCCAGCGACGCGCCGCAGCUCUGUCCCCGGCCCGUCGAGCGCUGCCCCGGCUGCCGCCUGCUGGCAAGGCGCUCGGUCGUCGGCUUCCUGUCCCUGGUGGGAUCCGCACUCCUGCUCACCAUCGGUCUCAUUGUGUACUUCACCUCCAGGAGGCAGAAGUAACCCGGCUGCCUUACACUCCAGUACGGUACCUGCUUCCCGUCUGUCGCUGCUUUUCUUUCUCGGUUCGAGUCCGAAGACGACGGGAUGGAAAUAAUUUAAUUUACGCUGCUAUACGUGUGGUGCUUCAGCGUG